AUGACUCAAAUAGCGAAUAACAAUAAAUCUACACUUGAUAGCAUCUUGGUUGAAAACAUCUCCCAGUAUGAAAAAUUACGGCCGCCCUAUCCCAUUACUAUUACCGUUGAUGAUUUGGUUAGAAAAAAUUAUAAAAAUCGUCAAGCGUUAAAAACUGUAAAUUCGUUUUUCAUUUAUCGUAAGGCUAUGGUGAAGCAGAAUGAAAUAGAAACAAAUAAAUGUGAUAUGCCAAAAUUAUCCAAGAUUGCUUCUAUAUUUUGGAAAAAAGAACCAGAUCAUGUCAAGGAUGAGUACAAACGACUAGCCAAAGAUGCUCAAAAUCUUUUCGCAAAGCAAAUAAACUUACAAUCUGAAAGAAGGCCUUCUAUCUCAACGAUAAAUCCAAAUAACAAUAAAAGAAUACCAGUAGAUGCGCGUCAGUCUUUUCGUCAAACCAUAAGAUAUGAUACAAUUCAAAAUAAUCUUAUUCGCAAUCCAAACAUUAAUAACGAUAAUAACAAUCAGCUUACAUUCGAACAAUUCUUUGCUAAUCGUGUUGACCAAAUAUUGCAUGACAAAAUUGAACAGUUCAUGCUUAAUUUUGUCUCACAACAUAAAUUACCAUAA